CUAAAUGGUCUUACAUUUUCCAAAGUUCAAAAAAAAUAAAAAAUCUAACAAAGUCUACCAAACAUGGAAACAAAAGAAUCAGAGCAGAAGAAACCAAGAAUCCUAUGUCUCCAUGGCUUUAGAGGCAGUGCUGAAAUCCUCAAGAAAUUGGUUCUCCGUUGGCCUGAAUCCGUCACUGGAAAAUUAGAUUUGGUUUUCUUGGAUGCACCUUUUCCAGCUCAGGGAAAAUCUGCACUUGAAGGUUUCUUUGAUCCUCCUUACUUUGAAUGGUUUCAAUCUAAUAAGGAUUUCACAGAGUUCUACAACUUUGAAGAAUGCCUCGAGUACAUAGAAGAUUUUAUGUCAAAACAUGGACCUUUUGAUGGAGUUCUUGGUUUCUCACAAGGAUCAGUUUUAGGUGCAGCAAUACCAGGCAUGCAAAGGGAAGGAGUGGCUCUAACAAAAGUACCAGAAAUAAAGUUUGUCAUCAUAAUAUCUGGGGCUAAAUUUGGAGGGCCUUCAUUUGGGGUACCAAAGUUGGCAGCAAAUGCAUUUUCAUCUCCUAUCAACUGCCCAUCCCUUCACUUCUUAGGAGAGACGGAUUUCCAGAAAAAAGACGGUGAGGUUCUACUGGAAUCUUUUGUGGACCCACAAGUGAUGCACCAUCCUAAAGGACAUACGAUACCCAGACUAGAUGAUAGCAGCCUUGAAAUAAUGCUUGGAUUUAUUGAAAAGAUUCAAAAACUUUGAAAGGAGAAGUUUCGAUAGCAUAUGAAUUACUCUCAAUUGAUUUUUCUGUUUACGGAUUUUGUUUAGUUGAUUAUGGGCAUCUUGUGAUGGAAUUGUUCACACGUAAACAGGAUAAUUUAGGUUCUAUUAUAUCUUGCGGCUCUUUAAAUU